AUGAAUGGAGGAUUAGUGGAGGCCGCGGCGGCGGGGAGGGAGGAGAAUGUUGAUGGAGAAGUAGCGGAGGAGGUGCAUUAUCGAGGAGUAAGGAAGAGAGGAUCCAAUGGUUGGUUAGGUACAUUUAAGACAAGGAAGGAGGCGGCGCUAGCGUAUGAUAGGGCAUCAAUUAAGUUUCGCGGUUUCAAAGACAAGACUAAUUUUCUUAUUCCAAAGGAAGAAAUGAAUCGGACUCGCAGUCAGACCAACAUCAGUGGCGAUGGAAGUGUUGUUUCAGAGUCAUCAUGGAUUAUCAAUGUUGAGCAAAAACCUAAGCGCAUUGAGAUUGAUCUGAAUCUCCCUCCGCCACCGGAGGCCGAAGACAUGUGA